UGGGGGACUUUGCCUGCCCGGAUGCCGGCGCGGCCAGAGAGCGGCGGGCAUGGUCCCAUGCCGGGAUUGCGGGCGCUGUCCGAUCUUCCUGGCGCUGGCGCUGCUGCUGGACGCGGUGGGGCUGGCGCUGGUGCUGGCGGGCGCGGCGGGGCAGCCGACGCUGGACGGGCAGCCCUUCCAGGACUUCCUGGUGCUGUCUGGGGCGCUGCUGCUCUUCUUGUCGCUCCUCUGCUGGCUCUUCUGGUACUCGGGCAACCUGCGCGGGGUCCCGGCCGAGGAGCUGCCCCUCGGGGCGCGGGCCCCCGCCGCCCCCGCACACCGCCGCCCCAAGGCCCGGGACAGCCUCCUCCGCCUGGCCGCCAAGCUCUCGAUCCGCCUCUCCCAGCGCCGAUCCGCGUCCUCCGCUCCCGCCCCCUCCAGCGCCGGGCCCCUAGAGAUGGGCCGCCUCCGCCCGGCCGCGCAGACCCAGACCGGGGCCCCCGCCGAGCGCCUCGUCUGACGCCGCUGCAAAGGAACCGGGUCAAUGUGUGGCACUUCCCAUCUUAUAACAUACCACGUGGCCAUGCAGCAGUGGAGUUCCUGCCUUCUGCCAAUGGCUUCUAGAAGAACCUGUUAUCCUGUACCUCAGAGAUUUCCUCUGUUUCACCAAAGAUUAUUCCACCAAUAUAUCGAACAACCACCUCUUUGAAUGACAUUUACACAGAUCUCACCAUCAACAACUUUGGAACUUGUCUGUGCAAUUGAGUCAGUUACCCCUUGAACUGUGCAAUGACUCCUUGGUGCCGAUUUUUCAUUCAAGAUUAUCCUCAGGAACUUGUCUGCUGCGUUUUCUACAGCACUUCAGGAAGUUUUUUCUGCCCAAUGGAACUUUGUAUUUAAAAUCUAUUAAGUUGAUUAAGACUAUUGUUGGCCUAGACCUUUUAAGCUAUGGGACUGAACUGUCAUCCCCUUCGGCACUUCUUCUGUACAACUCUUCGGGCAUGGCUGGUUUGUGCAAAUGUGUGCUUGUUUACAAGAAGAUUAAGAGUUUUCUUUUAUAAUAAAUAUAUAUAUUUUAUUUUUUAACAAAGGUGUAUUCUGCCUACUCUUGGGUGGUGUAUUUGGCUACAUUGGGAAACACACAUUUGUUUUGAUGCAAUGCUUUAUCAUUAAGCUCCAGACUUGACAUGGACUUUCUUCAACACAGGAAGUUUUCAAGACUUGCUUUAUUGUUCUUAUUACUAUAUUUAUUUAUAUUCCCUUUAUCUCCCCCAAAGGGGACUCAAAGUGGCUUUUUGCUUCCUCGUCCUAUGUAUCUUCUAUGACUCCAUUGCUAUGGCAUGCAUUAUUCUUUAUUCUUUUGUGGUUUGAGUUGAUCAGAGUGCAUAACAAUUGCUGCCUAACCAUUCUUUUUUCUUUUCUCCAACCAAUCUUUAAUGUGAAUACUGACUUAGAAUGCUCAAACAUAUUUUUCCCCGAUGUAUUACUAAUGAUCAAACAUGGCACAUAGACAAUUCUUACAUUCAUAUUUGAAAAUGAUCACAGUCCAAGUAUUCCACCUCUGAUCCAAAACGUAUUCAUUGUUUUACCUGAAUGGCACUGAUCAUUUUGAUUUCAUUUAAUAUCUAUUGCUGUCUCCCUGAUGUGAUGAUCCAUAAAGUCUGUGUUCAGAUGCAUCUGAAACUGCAAAGGCAGAGGUCUGUAUGUAAGGCUGACAUAUAUCCUUUCUGCUUUCCUAGUACACAUUUCUUCCUUGUGUCUUAAGCAGAGUAAGGGAGUAGUUGCACUAAAAUUGUUCAAAAGAAUGGCAUCUAGUCAGGGCCGGUCCAACGUUGAAGCGGCUGAAGCCGCGGCUUCGGGCGCAUGUGGAAGGGGGCGCUGUUGAGGCCUAAUUCUAGUGCACUGUGCUGCGCGGGGGAUAGAAACCCCGCACCAACGUGCACGCACAGCACCAUCGCCCCAAAGCGCCCUCCCUCUUCUCCCUCUUUUCCCUCCCUCCUUCCUCUUUUACCUGCUCUCCCUUUCUGCCUUGCAGCCAGGCUUUGAGGCUGCGGAGGGGGCGGGGCUGGGGCCUAAGGGCACGGAGGGCACGCCCCUCCCAGGAGACCACGCCCCCUACUUCCAAAGGAGUGCCUUGGAAGUGCCCUUCGGCCCCGCCCCCUCCUUAGCCAGCGCUUGGCCCAAUCAAGAUGGCGGCUCAUGGGCUAUCUGGCCAUGUUCCAGAAGCAUUCUCUUCUGACGUUUCGCCUGCGUCUAUGGCAGGCACUCUCAGUGGUUGCGAGGUCUGUUGGAAACAAAGCAAGUGGGGUUUAUAUAUCUGUGGAAUGUUAAGGGUGGGGAAAAGAACUCUUGUCUGAGGCACGUGUGAAUGUUGCAAAUGGCCACCAUUAUUAGCAUUAAAUAGCCUUGGAGCUUCAAAGCCUGGCUGCUUUUUGCCUGGGGUAAUCCUUUGUUGGGAGGUGUUAGCUUGCCCUGAUUGAGGAUCCCCCUCUUCUUUCUCCCUCCCUCUCUCCCUCCUUCUUCUCUCAGUGGUUGUGAGGUCUCUUGGAAACUAGGCAAAUGGGGUUUAUAUAUCUGUGGAAUGUUCAGGGUUGGAAAAAGAACUCUUGUCUGAGGUACCUUGAUUAGCAUUAAAUAGCCUUGCGGCUUCAAAGCCUGGCUGCUUUCUGCCUGGGAUAAUCUUUUGUUGGGCGGUGUUAGCUGGCCCUGAUUGUCUCCUGUCUGGAAUUCCUUUGUUUUCUGAGUGGUGUUCUUUAUUUACUGUCCUGAUUUUAGAAUUUUUAAAAUACUGACGUUUCGUCCACAUCUACUAAGUUUGUCCUCACUUCAAGUAAAUCACCCCAGCUUUGCCAUCAGAAUUGUCAGAGGUUGAAAAGAAGGUCUGCUCAUCAUUCUCAUGCUCAGCAGAGGACAAGCACCAUAGUUAUCAUGCUGAGUAUAUUCUCUAAAAUGCCAAACCCUAGUUACUGUAGCCCUAUUGAAGCUUCUAUCUGAGUAAGAAGGCUAAAAUUACCAUAUUACAUCAAUCUCAGCCACACCUUUUUUGCCUAAAUGACUAUUCCAAAAGUGAGGUGCACAUUACAUUUGUGUAAUACAGUAAAGACAAGUGGGUUGCUGUGAGCUUUUUGGGCUGUAUGGCCAUGUUCCAGAAGCAUUCUCUCCUGACAUCUAUGGCAGGCAUCCUUAGAGGUUGGAAACUAAUUAAGUGGGGUUUAUAUAUCUGCAGAAUGUCCAGGAUGGGAGAAAGAAAGAACUCUUGUCUGUUUGAGGCAGGUAUAAAUGUUUCAGUUGUUUGGCUGCUUCCUGCCUGGGGGAAUCCUUUGUUGGGAUGAUUUAUUAAUAUUAUUAUUAUUAGGCCUUGCUCCAGGGAGGGUUCUUCUGUCGUGGCUCCCUACCUAUCUAUCUACCUUGCCACAUAUUUUCCACAUUGUGUGUAUGUGUAUGUAUAUAUAAGAUACAUACACACACACACAUACAAACACAUAUGCAGGGACCAUAUGUGCCGUGUGUGUGUUCUAUUCACCUCUACCUUCUACCUUUUAUUUUUCAGUGAUUGGUUUGUCGGGGGGGGGGCUCCAAAAAUACUGCUUGCUUACACUUGAAAAUUUCCUAGGGCUGGCCCUGCUUCUAGUGACACAAGGUGUUUCAAAGCAGAUAGCUUAUAGUGCUGCCCAUCAAACGAUAUCAUGAAGCUGUUCCAUAUUUAAUCAGUGUGUGUGUUUCCAGCAAAAAAGGUAAAUGAAGCUGAAAGAUAUGGAAUGGCUCCAAGUAGAAAAUGAUAUCAUCUAGAACAGUGCCUCCCAAGCCAUUUGAUGUGGAGAACCAGCACUUAUUUCCCCCCUAAUGUGCCAGGGACCUGCACCGUAUUUGUACCCAUUGAGUACAAUAGUUGUUUCUGUUUUUUUUUUCCUCCUCCUCCUCCUCCUCCUCCUCC